AUGCAGAAAUCGGCGGCCAUGCAGAUCCAGGCCCGGGACUUUGGCCGGCCCGGCAGCAUCGGCGGCAGUUCGCUGAGCGGCAGCGGCCUGGAGGUGAGCAAACCGCACCAGUGCCAGCAGUGUCUCAAGUCGUUCAGCUCCAACCAUCAGCUGGUCCAGCACAUACGCGUGCACACCGGCGAGAAACCGUACAAGUGUUCCUACUGCGAGCGACGCUUCAAGCAGCUUAGUCACGUCCAACAGCACACCCGGCUGCACACAGGUAAAUACUUUACACGCUAACAACGGCCGACCCGGCCGGGUACGAUAUUUCUUGAGAGUUUUGUCGCGGGUGGGCAAUGCACGGCGGUCCUCCGGAAUAUAAUCGGGUCCUGUACGUACGGGAAGUGGUUAUCAUCGGUCGACAUUGUUCGAUACAGCCGCUCCGAGGGAGUCGUAAAAAUAAUAAUUAUCGCAAAUGGAUUUUCGGCCGAGCGGUCCGGCGGUGACGGGGCGGAGGGUGUGAGGGAGAGCGAAAAAGGGGAACGGAAUACAAUGUCGAAGAAAAAUGCGCGUGUACGACUGCGUAAUAAAACACAAUACGAGAGGACAGACGGAGAGAGAAUGCCGGGAAAAGUGUGAAACUUGUGUUUUAAAUUCGUUCGCGAUUUUCCAAUCAUAUCCAAUCAAUUUGUUACAGUCGUCGCAGUUUUAUUCCGCGCCGCGCAACACUUAUUAUUUUAUCUAUUCAAACUUUCUGAAAAGCUUCCCGGCCCCCGCGAACCUCCGCGCGAAAACGUACCGUUGGGUUCCGUUUCGGAAUUACCGCGAGAAAAAAAAAAAAAAAAGCGCGAAAAAUUCCUAAAAGCCGAAACGGGGACGGUAUUUUAAUUAUAUAUUUCGGCCGAUAAGUUUUAUAAUAAAACUAUACCGACGACGACGACGACGACGACGUUUUUAUAAAUCGAAUUAUACCUUUAAGACUUUGUCUCUUUUUUUGUCUUUUUUUUUUGUUUUUUCGAGACCGGCGAACGCCGCUGCCCUCGCAUCGUAUAUAUAUGUAUAUGUUUUUUUAUUUUUUUAUACUUUCUCGGCGGUUUUUUUUUUUAUUAAAAGUAGUGUUUUUAUAGCAAUACGUCCGGUUAUCCGUGCUGCGAAAAUGCCGCGGCCAAAUCAUACAUAAUAUGAUAAUGACGUCGGACACCCGUUCCUAUUAUUGUUGAUUCGGGGCUCGGGACUUGCGCGUUCAAAAUCCGCAGAAAAGAGCUUAAAAAAGUCAAAAGAUCCCUAGAAAAAAAAAAACAAUUUAAAAAUCGAAAACGACAAAAAGCCCAGAGAGGUUUAAAAUUUCCACCCCCGUGACGGGACGCUAACCGUUUGACGCGAUUUUCUUACGCUACGAAAUCGGUUAAUACAAAGUAUUAGUUUAUUAUUAUUAUUAUUAUUUUUUCUUUGUAAUACACCUACAAUUUUAUUCAAAAACUUGUGUCUAUCAUUUUUAUGUAAAAUUGUGUUUUACGAGUGACAGCCAUUACUGGGGGGAGACUUUUAAAAACGUGUUACCGGCGUGAUACUUGUUUUGAACGAAUUAUUACGAUACACAACAUUACAAUAUCGUAACAAUAAUGUUUAUAGAAAAUAAUCGCAUACGACGAUUGCCCAUUAUAUAUUAUUAAUAUCGUUAUCCUAUUGCGGCGGUGCAAUAUAGCGGCGACAUUAUCACGUGCACUUUAUUAUACGCGACUGUUCGGCGGCGGCUACCGAUUACAAUAAUUUCAAUGCAAAUAUAAUAAAUUUUAUUUUAUUUUUUUUUGCACAGUCUAUUUUGCUCUUUAAUGAACAUAAUUAUCGUUAUGAAAAUACAACAUUACGUUUUAAUCGGACGAGAUAAAAACCGAUUAACCUCGUCGAACGGUCGCGAGCCGCGUCAGCGGCGUGUCAGUGAACCGUCGGAAUUUUAUCUUGGCGGCGACGAACGAUGAGCUACGAUGCGCUAGACACACGGAUCGAUAUUAUUAUUAUUAUUAUUAUACAGGUGUCGAUGAUAAAAUUGCGCGGCUGAUACGCUGAUAGUCGGGCGAAAAAUAAAUCGAAAUAACGAGUGAAAAAAAAUUAAAAAAAAAAAACAGUAAAUAAAACCGCGAAUGACCGAGAUCGUUUAACGGACGGACAUAUUAAUAUUUUUUAGCGUGCAUGAAAAAAAAAAAAAUACUAAUUAAACACGCGAGCGGCGGAGUUCCGUCGCCAGAGUCGAAUUUCUCGACCCCCCCUCUUCCCCGGCAAACUGAUUGUCGUUACAAUUUUCGCGGGUUUUUUUUUUCAUACACGUGUAUAAUAAUCGCGUGGAAUCGCACGCAAACAGGUCGGGCGUUUUGAGUCGAAAGUGCCGAAUGACACGUCUUUGGGUACGCUUACGCCGCGCGUAUUGUGCGGAAUUUCGUCCGCCCGGCCUCGCGUUCGGGCGGCCUAUAGGUAUACAGGGGCGACAAACGAAAACGCUCUCGUCCCGCAACAUCACGGCGAAGUUCUCGCCGAAACUCGACCGAAAUUUCGUCACCUUGCGACCGGCCCGUGAAAAAAACCCGCUUUAGUUCCCGUUCGGACUCAUUCGGCCCGGAGCCGCUUAAAAUGUCCAAACGCGCAGGGAAAAAUACGUAUGCGAUACAGCGCAAUGGUCUCUGUUUUCGGGGUGAAUCCGACAGCGAACAGAUUCCCAACAGUUUAGCACGUCGAGUUUAAGUCGGGCUUUAUCGGAUCGGAUGAAAUUAUCUGUAAUAGUUUACAACGGUGUUAAAAAUUGCAUUGUAAAAAAUUUUAUUGUACGCGAGCAAAUCAGACAAGUCAAUAAACCCGAUAGUUGAUCGGUAACGAUUGCGUCAAUGGGCCGAGUUCCGGUAACAGUACGUUAUAAAACACGCGGAUUUCCAACAAUACGUUACGACUCCGAGUUAUCGCCGUGAAACACGUCGAGUUACGACGCGGCGGAAUAACGAACGGCCAAUUAAUUAAUAACGAAAAAUCGUACAGAUUUACGUUCGUCCGUGUUGUAAUAAUUGUUUUUAUCGGAAUCGCGUCCGGCUGUGCCGCGAUGAUACGAUUGUACAAUGUGUUCGUAUUCUCGAUCGGUACCGCGCAAGUUAUUCUGAUCUGAUCAAACGUGUGUUUCGGCGUCGUAACGACGAUUCGAAUUACUCGACUUGUUCGCCGAUACGACACUUCGAACACAGUCGGGUGUACGAAACGAUACGGUUUUUUAAUUGCAAUUAUUAACGGUAGAACAAAAAAAAAAAAAUAAAAUUGCCGCGGAUAAACGACCGAACAAUUAUAACACUGCAACGUUAUUAUUCAUACGGGUCGGCGUAAUUUCCAAACGAAUAUAUUCGUCGUUAUCAUCGCGCCUUGUCCCGAUAGCCGUCUUUGUCGUUCGCCACGUUCCCCAGCUGUGAAUAUUAUGUGACGCCCGUGAGCCGUCUCAGAUCCCGAAAGUAUUACGUUCUCGGGCGUCCGCUUGUGUUUCUCCCCGAGAUCUGUCUUUCUUACGAAGACGAUUAUUGUUAAUGGCAAUGCGUUACGCCACGUCUAAUCGAGUUCCCAGUCGGUUUCGUUAAAUUCUCAUUUCUCUUCUGCGUUAUAAUAUAAUAGUCUCGUAACGCGCUGCCGUUCGACUUUUUCAUAACCCGUAAUGUUUUGCUCGUUUUUCUCCAGAUCCACGGUUCCAGCGUUCCCCAACGGUCUCGUUCGUAUACGAGCAUAUUUCGUUGUUAUUGUCACGUUAUUAACAUUUUAGACGGUUAUUUAUCGAGAUGAAUUAAUUUUUUCUCGGUUAGUAAAAACGGUCCGAUUAUUUCACGCUGUACCUACUAUAAAAUGCGUAGAGUUUUCACUCGCUGUUUACCGAUAUCCACUCAGAAUCGUUACUGGAUUGCAAUGAUCGAUUUUUGUGUGACUAUACUCCCACCGUGAUGGCGUGAAAUAAGCUCGGCCUUUUUUUUUUCCAUCGUAAGCGUAACGCAUUCCUGUUUGCACGUGGAUUUUUGUCUCUCUAUCAUUGCCGCGGGGCUAAAUGUACAUAAAUGCAAUUGAGCUUUGAAAUGUAAAUAUACAUUCCCCUAAAAAAAAAAACCCCAACGGCUGCGGCACGGACGUCUGUCUACAUAACGGUUUUACAAAAAAAAUAAAAUAAAAACAUAAAUAAAUGGAACGGAAUUAACGCAAAAAAAUGUAAUCAUUUUUUCACGCGCAUUUCCCGAAUAAAUCACGUUUCGAAAAAUGGUCCAUCAUUAACAACCAUUCAUUCCCGUUAAUUUUCUUCCCUUCAAUAUAAUAUAUAAUAUUCUCCGAGAAAAGUGUCCCCUUCGCGCGCGCGUUGUGUUAUUUUUUUUUUCCCCCGUUUUUUCUUCUUUUUUAUAAGCAUAAAAAGAGCGACAAAAUGCUAAAAAAAAAAAAACUCGUCUUGAUUUUUUCCCGCGUCGUAACCACCGCCACCGCCACCGCCACCACCACCACUAUUACCGCCGCCGCCGCCGCCGCCGCCGAGGCGGUAGAGCGGACCCUUGUCAACUCAUUGGUCGUUUUAUUGUUAUUUACUUUUAACAGAUAUUGGCAAAAAAAAAAGGGCGUUUCUCGAUUACUCCCCGUGCUGUCGCGUGAAAAAAAAAAAAAAAACAGAAAAAGUUUCCAAUUAUUCUCCGAUAUAAAUUCAAUAUCAUCAACAAGUAGCCCGGCAUCAUCACCGCGCUCCGUUCGCUCCAUUUAAUCCUGACGUUUAUUAAAAAGUAAACAUUACGCGAUGAUGUAUUUAAAUAUUAUUAUUUAAAGGCCGCGCAUAAAUAAAUUUCGAAUAUAAAUUUUUUUUUUUUCGUCGUUACAAUUUUCGAUCCCGGGCCACACGACGUCGAUAGCGAACAUCGCGACGGUGUCAGAUCUCGUUACUAUCGCGACAGUAACUAUAAGGUUACACGACCGUAUAAAACACAACGACAGUUCACGCGGCUACAGUAUCGCGCUCACAACAGUAACUAUGGUGCGAGCGCGCGACAGUAUUGCUUUCGCGACAGUUCGGUACGGUUCUACGCUAUACGGCCCUGCGAUUCGUGUAGACUGCAGGGUAUGGUAAUCAUCGCGCAUACGAUACGAGACAAUCGUCACCAGGAUUCCGGCUUAUUUGCGUAGAAUAUUUGUUUAGCUCAGCAGACGGCCCGGCCGAAUCAUCGCGGUUAGGAGGUGGUAAUGCAACGCGCACGCUAAUAAUAUUAUUUCAAUUUAGGCGCGAUGCAAUUUUUACGACCCCGGCUAAACAAUGUAUAACAUUAUAACACGUAUGCGUGUAUACAUUUUAAUCGGGCGCGGCGUCCGGACCCCGGGUUUUAAUUAGUCGCCGAACAAAUAUUUGUCCACCGUCAACGGCACACGCACGCUCUGGUGUAUACCGCGCGCGCGGUUACGCACGGUUUUCGUAUGUAACGGCCGCGCGAUAGUGACAAGCAGCUGCCGGGCGCACGCGGUGGCGGCGGCGGUGGCGACGGCGGCACACACUCGCAAUAUCAUCUCACCCCCUCUGGGUGGGGUUUUGGCACACGCACGUGUGGGCGUGUGCGAAAUAUCAAAUAUGGCUGAUGUCCGGCACACACGGGGUUACGGCGAGGUACUGUUAUUAUUGUACGUAUAAUGUGUGUAAUGUAUAUGUAAUAUUUCGCGAUAAGAACACGUUCGAGGACGGGACGCGUCGGCACGGUGGGGAAGGCUACUUUUUUUUUUUGUACGAUUUCGACUAGUUGCGAGAUCGAAAAAAGCGUAAAAUGUCGUUCGCCGUCGCGUCGCGCGAGUAGGAGAAACCACGCGGGACGUCAAAAACGGAGGUAGAGUUGCGAGGUACGAUAUGUUAUAGCGUUAGAUACAUCGUCGUCUACGGUCGGUAACUCUGCCGGGCGCUCAACAAACAUUUUGUGUUUCUCGAACGUUUUUUUUUUUUUAAAUUCGAAAAAAUUCUUCGCGUGUUCCAAUCCGGCAGCUCCUAUAAAUUUGAAUUUCAGUUGUAGGCGUUUUUUUUAUCAUGUCGUAUCGUCGUUAUCGCGAUCCGAAACGAAGUGAUGUUCGCUUCGCCAGGUGCCGAGCGGUCGAUACUAUCCACCGGUAACGCGAAAAAUAUCGCGCGAAACGCUUAGUUUUAGCGGGUCGGCGGGGUCAUCCGGACGACGGAAACCGCCGCGGCCGCCCGUUUACCCCGGGUCCUAUUUUUUAUGCUCCCGCAGCAAUAAUUAUCCGUUUGCGAGAAACCCGAGCCGUUUCCCGCGGCCCCUCUAUCGCCUUUUUUCGCUUUACGAAAGCCGUUUGAAUCCCGCGGUUUUCGGACGAUUCUCGGGGCCGCGUUUAUCACCGCGGCACGCGAAAUCCACGAGCGUUCUUUCGCCUCUCCCCCUCCCCCACCACGGUUCUGUGUAUCCGAUGGCGUGGCGAUGAAAAACCCUGCCGUUCGUUCCGACAUUUUCGCCGAAUUUCAAUAGCAACAAUACAUACGUUCGCUAUUUCACUAGACAACCUCGAUAUGCAUCGGACGAUAAUCACAUCCGUAAUCUGUUUAAUCCGGAUUCGAACGGUAGCGCGUUUCCCGAGACACUAUAUGCAAUUUAAAAUCUAUCAUCGGGCACGUCGAACACGAAUUUUCGAAUUUUCGUUAAUCGUCGCCUCGUUAAACCACUUAUGCAUUGCAUUAUGCGUCUGCGCGCAAUAAUAGUGGCGGAACACACGUGUGUAAACAUGAUAACAAUUAUUAUUCCGCCGAAACUCAUUUCGACUAUCACGCGGUGCGACCUCCCCGUCCGUCGCCCGCGAGUAAAAUUUGUAUUAUAAUUUUUAAUUUUUACCCUCUGCGGAAACCAUUAUGUUAUUUUAACGGUGUAGUGUACAUACACACAGUGUUGUAUAGCAGGUACAAUAAAACGAAAUCAAUUAAAAAAAUUAAAAAAAAAAAAAAAAAAAUGUACGAGUAAAAACGGCGGGACACGUUGACGGUGUGUGCACAGGCGGCUUCGGCAAAUGGGAUUUCGGCUCCGGUGGCGGCGGCGGACUGACUGUGCGCACAAAUCGAGUUACCGAAACCAAUUUCCGCGUGUGUUUCAAUCUCCGGUGAAAAAACACCGACUACCGCGUGCCGAUUGACUAAUAGUAAUAAUAAAAAAUAACGACGAAACGCGUAAAUGUCGCCCGGGUUAUUANGUAAACAUGAUAACAAUUAUUAUUCCGCCGAAACUCAUUUCGACUAUCACGCGGUGCGACCUCCCCGUCCGUCGCCCGCGAGUAAAAUUUGUAUUAUAAUUUUUAAUUUUUACCCUCUGCGGAAACCAUUAUGUUAUUUUAACGGUGUAGUGUACAUACACACAGUGUUGUAUAGCAGGUACAAUAAAACGAAAUCAAUUAAAAAAAUUAAAAAAAAAAAAAAAAAAACACCCGACUUUAAACAUACCGCAUCGAUCAACGCGACGGUUUGUUUGAUCGAAAUCGAGUGCGAUUCGUAGCCAAAAAACACCUCACAGUCGAUAUAUAUUUCCGUACUCGAAUCGGGCGUAUAGUUUAAAAUUCAAAAAAAUGCGGUACGGAAUGGAUAUAAUUUGUUAGAUUAACUCCGUCCGUGUUCACUAAGAUAGUUUUUUAUUUUUUAUUUUUCGGUAAGGUUUUCUAAAAAAUCGCGCUUUUGUUUUAUCCCCGAAGCACCGGCCGAAAAAAUCCGAUUGGAUCGCAGUUCACGCGGUACCGCUCAAACGAUGCGGAAUUUAUUCGAAAAAACCGCUUAAAGAUCGCGAAUUCGCGGACAUCUAUCGCCGUCGUUCCCGGACCCUCGUCGCGACCACGUCACGCGUAUUCUGUGCGACGGCCCGGUUAGAGAUUCGAUGCGCCCCGAGGCGAGUUCGGAUGUUGCGCCCUACCGCUGUGUGCACUCGGUCGGUAUGUCCCCGCAUUCGUUUUAAAUUCGGCCCGUCACGCGUACCGUAGUAGAGUGACUUUAAACGCGCCCGCCGCCUUCGAAUCCGCAACGCGUAAUAAUGCAAACAAUAUUGUCCAGUGCGUGUACGAUAAUAUAUUAGAAAAAAAAAAAAAAAAAAAAUUUGAACGACGACGAAAUACGAUUUCCGCGCCCUGGACGCGGCUUCCUCCCGCGCCCGUCUACUGUGCCGCCGAUUACGGUCGACGACGCGAUGUCAUCGCCGCUCGCGAUUUUCGACCGGAUCGACCCCACCCGCGGGUUCGGGGCGCGGCGAACGACCGUCGAGGAGUCCUCCGGACCGUGUAAAAGGCACCGGUAUUAUUACCGUGCUAUCUAAUGGUAACAGUAAUAACGCAAUAACACCGUAUAAUAUUAUUAUAAUGCGCGCUUAUCGACUGUUUUAUACCGUAUUAUAUUGUGCUCGUAUUAUUAUUAUUGUUAUUAUAAAUGUGUGCGGACGUUAUUAUCUGCGAGUUACGACCGUACAGGAGGGCACACUGCACCGGGGCAUUUAUGGUGGACGGUCACGAACAACGGCGGCGGCGGCGGCGGCGACAUCGACAUCGACAUCGACGGCGACCGCGACGGUUCGUGUGUGUGUGUGUGUGUGUGUGUGUGUGUGUCGGUGUCCGCGAUAUAUUACGCGCACACAACGAAAAUAAUGCGUUCCCGCCGUGUCGUUUUUGUUCUUCGCCGUUAUAAUAAUAUAAUUUAUUCGCCGGAAAGACCGCGGAACAGGUCGCGGCGCGGCGUUAGUGUUUUUUUUUUUUUUUACGGGACGGCGGCGGCUGCGUUUGUAUUAUUGUUAUUAUUACGGGCGAGAGAGAAAACGGCGCGCGCGCUGUCCAAAAGUAUAAAACGCACAAAGACGUCCGCCCGGCUACGGCCCAGGCGGAAUCGGUCCGGUCGCGUGUUUCGUACCGCGGCCGCUGGAAAACCCGCCAAUUGCGGCCGGACGCGAUAGCCGGCUCGGUUUCUUCGGUCACGGGCAAGAAGCGCUCGAGCCGAUUAACGUGGCCGUAAAGCGUUUGCGCACCGUCCACGUGCAUGCGCCAAAAUAUCGUGCAUCGUUUGCGCGUCGUCUGUUUACCUGCGCCAAAAUAUCGUACAUUAUACGCGCAUCAACACACCGAACAAUAGAAGGGUGUAAAAUAGCAUAUAGACACAAGUUCUUGUUAAAUGAGCAUUUAUUGAUUAUUUGAAUACAAAUGCAUUAGAAAUAAACCGUGUUCAUUUUAAUUAGGCACGUUAUAAUCGCAGUUAAAAUACAAAAUGAAUGCAUAAUAUAGUUCGAGUGAAAAUUAAUUGAUAACGUGUUAAUAAAUAAAUGCGUAAAUAAAUUAAACACUAAAAAUAAUAUAAUAAAGCGACACUCGGCAUAUUGUAAUGUUCCGUUAUUUUUACAAAACGAAACCUAACUGGAUAGCCUACACAAUAGUAUUGCGGUACAUACUAUACAUUUUAAAACAAAAAUACCUAUACAAUAUUUGAAAAUUGAAUAGUAAAUCUAGAGAUGUGCGAAUUUUAAACUUAGAAAACAACUCGAGUUUCGGGCGAGUACGCCGUUUUUCAGUUCUGUUGUUAAAUAAUAUUGAUGCGCAAAUGACAAUAUUUUAUGACCUUUUAACUGGUCGAUGCGCAAACGAUACAUAAUACACGAUGCGCAACCGUCUUACGAAAAAGGUCAAAUCAACAAUAGUGAUGAGCAAACGAAGACCACCCUUUAACGUAGGGUAUUCGAUACAAGCGAAUUGUUUGCAUCGAAAACGCAUUAACAUGUCAUGACGUUUACGCCGGGAAGUAAAAAUGACGAAAUUAUAAACGAAAACAAAUUUCGUAAACCGAUUGUAGUCCACAUUGUCCGCGUGACCGAAUAAUAUAAUAUUAUUCGCGACAGUUAAACUAAAAAUUCGUUCGAACAUUACGUAUAAAGGUUUCGGUUUAGUUUUUUUUUUUUUUUUACUUUUUUCUCUUUCUGUUGGCCCCUAAUAAAACAGCGGCGGUUGGCGGACGAGUAUUAUACACGUGACGAAUAUGCCCAACGCACGGUUAAAAUAUAAUAAAAUAUACGUAUACUAUUUGUACGUCAUGUCAAAAAUGUCAUGUUUUACAACGGAAUACAAUACGGCGAAAUAUUAUUAUAAUACGAGUACACGUACAUAAUACGAAUAUUAGUACGAAUAUUCGGAACGUUUAACGAUUUCGAACACGCGUUUUAGUUCCCCGACCCUUCCCGUUUGCGCUACGCGUACAAUAUGAAAUAAUAAAAUUCGCGCGAAUAGGUGUAUCGAUAUUGUAUUGAAAGCGAUUGUAUUAUGACAAAUUGAUAACGUGUAAGGACUAGAACAUCGUAGCGGUAUUUUUUUAUUAUAUCCAAACGAGAUUUUUUUCGUUUUUGACGAAAACGCGUGUGAUUUGUCCGAUACCACGCAGGUACGCAAACGCUACACCAGGUUUGUUUCGAAGGUUUACGGUUUAUUUCGCGAGUACGUACGUUUUUUCAGUCGUUGUAUUUGAAACAAUAUAUUAUUAUUGUCGUGCGUAUAAGUGCGCGUCGGCACGUUCGGUUUUAUUGGUUCGGCGAUUCUUAUAAUUUUGCCGGACUAUUGACGGGGCGGCCCGUGUCGAUUUAAAAACGACUUUCCUCCUCUUCUGCUUGUUCGUCCGGGCGCCUCGCAGCCGAAUCCUGUUUCCCGAGUGAUCGUUCCGUUGUCCCCGGCAGUUGUUCUUUAUUACCACUGACGCGCGUAGAGCCCGACGCCCGGGUGUUUUUUUUAAAAAUUUUUUCGACAUUUUCCGCAUCGGAUAUUCGUCGAGAGUGAUGCCGCGCGCUCCCGUUUCUCGUGCCCGAUCGCCCGAAAUCCGUGUACGUUGUCGAACGUCCGGUCUGCCGCGUCGCUCGCGCCGACUUCGGUAAAUAUUAACAAAGUUUCGGGAACGAUAUUACUUGUUGUAAUUUUUUUUGUUUUUUUUUUUUUGCCGUUAUUUCGGCCCGGAACGCGUGCCCGCGAACCGACCGCCCGGAAUAUUAUCGAUUUCCGCCGCGAUGACGGAAUAGCGCGCGCGUGUAUAUUAUUAUUAUUAUUAUUAUAUCGUGCGGCUCCCCCGCUCUCUCUUCACCGCUCUCUCUGUCGUCGUCACUGCACUCCCGUUGCACUUUCCGCAUCUGUCGCUGCGUAGCUGUCUGUCGCGCCGCGGACCCCGGCGGACGGUUUUUUUUUUAUUUUUUAUUUUCGUAGACCAAGGAACGGGCGGUCGAGGAGUUAUAGGGUCCGGGGCAUAGUGGCGACGGGAGGGUGACGGGGAGCGGAGUGUGAAAGUGGCGGCGGCAAACACCCUUUUCGAUGGUCGUCAUCGGCGGAUGCGGAUGCGGCGGCGGAUGCGGCGGCGGUGCCGGUGCCGGCGGCGGGGAGGUUAAAUUGCCGCGGCGCAUUGAUGGCCGCGCGAAAAUGGGUUUGGUCUAGCCGCGACUAGCGAUUUCACUAUUGGUCGAUACGUUUUGUCUAUUAUGUUGCACGCGGUUCGCGUACGCACAUUGUAGCACGUGCCGUGUAGCGGCGGCGGCGGCGGCGGCGGCGGCGGCGUGCUUUAGCCGCGCGCGUGGUCGCAUCACCAAGCGGGUUUUCGCGGCCUACGCGGACCGUCCGGGAUUGCCGUUUCCGCAGUCUCUGUACACGCGGGGGUGGCCACCCUCCUUUGCGGCCGUCUAGGGAACGGGUUAUCCGUCGGUUUUCGUUUUAAUGUUUCUGUAGAAAAAAAUUCAAAUCUAAACUAUAAAUACGUUAUUGUACGGUAUCGAAACGGACAAUUACAAUAUUGAUGUUUGAAAAUUGCUCGUUCUAUAUGGCUAUCCUCAAUGCGCUGGUUUCAUUCCCCCCCCCCCGUACAAUAAUCGCAGAUAUCGCUCGGUAUUAAUUGAUAAAUGUAGACCUAAAAACGUGGGCCGAUAUCACGUCGAAAUAUGUUACUGUUUACGCAAAAAUUAAAAACGCCGUCGACGGUGGCGUGAGUCGGUUUUUUUUCAAUGAAUCAAUAACAGUAGUAAAUAAACAGCAUCAAAACAAUACCGUGGUUACGACAACCCGAGCUUGGCGAAAAUCGAACGCUAAAUCGAUCGUGUAAACUUCACACUUAUCCGACGAUAAAGUUCCACGCGCAAACCCUGAUUUUGGUCGCGAAACGACCGCCCCGUAUACGGGAUACCCGUUCACCGCGCCGUACUGCCGGCCGUAAGUGGCAAAUCUGUCCGAUACGUGUUUCGAUUAUUUUCCCUAAGAAUACGGUUCGUUAGUAUAGAUAGGUAGGUUGGGGAAAAAAACCGCCCCGUAUAACGGAGAGAAGAAUAUGCUAUUAUGUUAUAUAUUUUGGAAAGGCCAAUUUAAUCCCGGAAACCCCGAGACAUUAGUGCGCGGACGAUACCCGCUGCGCCGCGGGAGAAGGGUUAAAAACCGAGAGAGAAAAUAAAAAGGUAAAGUUAAAACGCACGCGAAACGUACGCACUUAAUUUCCGUGGAAAAAAAAAAAUAAAAAAAAGGGUCACGAAAUGAUAAAAUAACAAAGGUAUAUAUAGGUAUAUAAUAAUACGAUAACUAUAGUAUUUACGGCGGCGGGGAGUGUUUAAGAUUUCUUAUUUAUUUAUUUUUUCAUUUUUUUCUGGUCGUCUAACACGGUUAAUUUUGUAGCCCCUGCACGCCCCUGCACGUGCAUACCGCGCCGGGCACAUGACGACGACGGUCAUUAGCAUAUUAACGAAGCGGCGUCGUCGCGGUCGCGGGCGGUGGAGGCGACACGACAUUAUUAAGUGUCCGGAAAAACUGAGCCUUUUUUCCGUAUAAUAUAAUAUCGUACGUACUUAGAAAAACGAUAUUUCUUUGAGCAAACGCGACAAUAAGUAUUAUUUUGUGUAUAUAGACACUUUUGUAAUCGGAUUCCGGUCACGUUUUUCGCGAGGUGAGAAAACGCCUGCAAUCGCCACCCCCGCCGCCGCCGCCGUCGUCGUUAUAAAAAAUUAUUACGCCCGCGCCCAUCACAAAUCGAUAAAACAUUAUAAUAGUAUAUCGGUUUAAAUUUAUUUAAGAUUCUGAGCUACCCGGGGACUUUUAUUGUUACGCGGAAUUUGUUUUUUCUUUUGUUCGUCUAUUUUCUGGUGGCAUUUUUCGGUAUACGUUUUGCCAGUUCAGGGAGGUCGAUUUUUCAUAUUGUCCUUGCAGUUUUUCCGAAUGAAUGAGGGAGGGGAGGGGCGAAAACUGACAUUUGUAUCGUAUGAUUUUUGGUUACCUCGGUGACAACGGAAAAAGUGUACGACUACGUAUAAAACAAUAAUAGAAAUUCAGUUCACAAUCGUUUUUCGUUAGCGAUGGCGGUUUGCCGUUGCGUACGACAAAAUUAAAUUACUCUAUUCCAUUGGCGACUUUCCCCACUGAAACAGUGGCACGUCCGCCCAUCAACAGUAUCAUUUUUUUUUUUUUCAGAAAAAAAUGUAUUAUAUAACGCGCGCGAAACACAUUUUAAUCCGUGCUAAACAAUAAUGUAAAAAACGAUCGCGAGUCGAACGAUAUAAAUUUCAUUUCGUUUUAUUUUUUUAUUUUUUUUCAUUCUAAAAUACAUGAAAUCAUAUUUUAUUUAUUCGAUACGAAUAUCCGCUAUACGCACACGCGUCAUCGAGUAUAGUAGGUACCUGUAUAUUAUAUACUUACAUUGCCGGAGAUUUUAUCGAGACGACGACAACGGUGUUUGUACGUCACAAUAUUAUAUACAUGUACGAGUGUACGCAAUCUCGGUGAUAAUUUUUUUUUUUUUUUUACCACUAUGCGUAUACGACGCAUACCUAUAGGCGCAAAUAGUGUGACAGAAAAAAAAAAAUAUUAUUUAUAUAUAUAGACAAUAAUAAUAAAAUAUAUUACUUAUAAAAAUGCGUAUAAGAGAGAGAGUGCGGCGACGGUCUUCGGGCACCGUUCCAACAAAGUCCGCGAGAGCCGAGACGAGGCGAUGCUCGUCUGGUGUGCGUAUUUUUUUUUUCUCUUUUGAAUUUUUUUUUUUUGUACGAGUGUAUAUAAUAUACUUUGCGCGUUAUGUCACGUGCGCGCGCCCGCCGUAGAAAGUGUCUCCAAACAGGGUCACUUUAUAAUAUAAAUGAAUAAUAAUACGUGUGCGUAUAUAUGUGUAUAGGUAUAUAGGUAUACUAUUAUGUUAUAGCCCGCGGAGUAAAACGAUGAUUUACAACAGGAUUUAUAGACUGCACACACACACACACACACACACACACGCAAACAUUGCACACAUGUCGCGGUUAAUGAAAAAAAAAAAAAAAAAUAAAAAAAUGGACAAAGUUCAUUAAGUAUGUAGAUUCAGCACCGUACGUGUGUGUACCUGUAUAUAUGUAUAUAUCUACGUAUAAAUAUACUCCGGAGUAAUAAAUUAUCGGUCACGUUCCGGGGCGGAUUAAAUCGACUCUUUUUAUAUACGUUACAUUAUAGAUAUAUAUAAAUAUAAAUGUAUACAUUUUUUUUUUUUAUAAGAAUUUCCCCAUCCCUCCCUCCCCCCCUCCGGCCGGUCCCGACGUAUCGACGAGAUUUCCUCUUCUUCUUCUUCGUCUUCGCCUAUAAUAUAAUAAUGCCUACUCGAUUUUUAUUUUUAUUUUUUCCAAUCUCGUUACAUGUAUGCGCGCACGCGCGUGCGUGUGUAUUGCGCGCGGUUAUAUUAUUUAUAUAUUUAUGUAUAUAUAUAUAGGUAGCCGUACACACGGAGAGAAUGUUAACGGAAGAAAAAAAAAUAGAAAUAAAAAAGAAAGAAACAAGCCGUUUAUGGGCACGAACGACAUUUAUUGGACAUAGGCACGCAUCUGCGGGAAAAAAUAAUAAUCUACCCAACUCGUUUACAAACGUUUUAUACCGCGUAUUCAAACGGAUUUUACUCCUUUUUCUUUUUCACUUGUAAUCAUAUUAUACGUAUAUUAUGAAGGUAUACGGUCCGAUCGAUUAUAGAAUAUGCCGGCCGUAUAAUAGAAUAGAUUUUUUCCCCGUGUAACCCAAUGGUUAUUAGAAAUAUACGAAAAAACAACCACUCAAUUUUCGUUUUUUAAAUGAGCUGCAUUUUAAGGGUUUCAUUUCCGAACCGCCCACGCUCUAGAAAAUAUUUCCGCCGUAACUGACAAGAACAUAAAGUGACGCGUUUUCAGCGAAAUCGGACGACUGUACAGUUGUUGAGUCCAUAUGGAAAUGUAUAACCGUACAUUGCCUUUUAAAUGAAUAUAAAAUUAAUUCCAUUAGUAAUUUUAUCAUGAAAUUUACUCGAAUUCAAUACGUUCGAUAAUAAUGACUGUUAUACCUGUAUUAUAGUAAAAAUUAAUAUUGUUAUCGACAAGUCGUUCGCGAAUUAGGUACGGAUCGCGGUGUUCUCAAGGUGAUCGCUGCUAUUUACUAAUAAUAUUAUAAUGUAUUUAGAUAGUUUAAAGGUCGAGUAGCUGCUACUGCUGCACAAUGAUAUGAUAAUUCCUUAUCAGUUUAACUCGGUCAGCCGUUUCAGAUAUUCAGCAAUAAUUUUCGAAUUCAAUCGAAAUAUAUUAUCAUUAUUAUUAUUAUAUUAUAUACUUAAUAAAUUAGUUAUUUAUUAUUUAUAUAGUUCGACGGUUAGAAUACGUGUGUACAAAAGCAAUAGGCCAAUUUUUUUUUAUUUUUUGUAUGUACUCACUGUUAACCGCACAAUUAUAUUAUAAGGAGAUUAAAAGUCAAAACCCCCAAAAGACACAUCCUUACACCGUGCGUAUACAAAAUGUCAUCCUUCUCAGCUUCAUUCGAGAUGGGAGAAAGUCUGUCGGAGUGUAAGCAGCUUAAAAAAAAUCACUUUCCACAUCCGACAACAACAUAGUGGCAAAAUUAAUAUUGGAAUUCGACCGACGUGUUACGACUUUUAUCCCCGCCUAAAAAAACGACUCUAGUUCUCGAGUUUGAGCUCGCUUGGUCCGGAGGGAGCCACUUGGUGUGUUCAUAAGUAGCGGGGAAAAUAUUAUUUAUACAGUAGACAGUGGCAAAGGUUUUUUCGCGGUAAAAUUUGACCAAAAACCGUACGCAUAUUUAUUAUUAAAGAGUACGGACGGUAAUAUACGGUUUGACUGAUUAUUAUAAUACGAUGACGGCGAUUCGCGUAAUUUAUACAUCAGCGGAGGAUUGACCGUCGAGAUUUUACACGCCGAAAAAAAAAGGGAAAAAAAACCCCCGUAGGUAUAAUAUACACCGAUUUAAACGUUUUUAAAAACCACACGGGAUGAAAAAAAAAAGGUCAUCCGCCUACAUAAUAAUAAUAAAAGGUUUACUUUUUAUGUUUUUUUUUUUUUUUUUACUCAUCCGCCGCCGUAAUCCGCGCACGCCGUCAAAGGGUUCGGAAAGGGACUAAAUUCAAUUAUUUAUAUUGUAGUCGCGCUUUUCCGCACAAACAAUUACCGGCGGUGGUGGCGCGAACGACUUUUUUUUCCCUCGUUCGGAAAACUUUUUAUUUUUUUAUUAUUUUUUUUAUCGGCGGAAAAACAAAUAUAUAAGUACCUACGUCAAGAGUGGUCGUCGUCGUCCCCGUCCACAGGUACCCGCAUACAAUAGUAAAAAAUAAUAAUAUCGCCGACCACUUAUGUACCCUUUCGGCAGACGUGAUAAAAACCGUUUUGCCGGUGCGGUGUGUAUCGACGUUAUUCUUAUUACACUUUGUCCGAUUAAAAAACAUACACGCACACAUUACAUUUGCAUGCGCAUCGUACUCGUAUUGUAUAAAUAACGACAAUUAUACAAUAACGCGCGCGCGCUCGUACAUAGACGGAACCGGACAAUAAACAAGAAACGAAAUUCCAAAAAAAAAAAAAAAUAAAAAAAUAAAUAACACCAUUGUGUCAUUAGCAAUAUAUAAUACGCGAAUGCAUUUGCGAGCGGAGCGAAAUCGACAGAAUGACGUAUAUACGCGGACGUUUCGAUAAAUUUUAUUAUUUUAUAAUAUUUCGUAUUUUUGCGCGGACCCCAGUGUUUUAAAUCAUUCUACCGCGGAGCCGCCCGGAAUUGUUUUUUUGUCCGAAAAUACGCGUAUAACAGCGGGCGGGGCCGGCCGCGGGGACUGUAAAUAAUAAUAUUAUAAAAUAAUAAACAAGAAACGAAAUUCCAAAAAAAAAAAAAAAAAAAAAAACCGAUGGGAAUUGGACGUACACGUACUAUAUUAUUAUUAUUAUUAUUAUAAAAAUAACACCCCGGCGAAAAAUAUUAUUUUAUAUGAACGGCGGCGUGCGAUUUAUGCGCGCGUCCGUCCACCCGUUUCGGUUCAUAAAUCUCGUGACAUUAUAAUAUUAUUAAAAUAUAUAGCUGAUGUAUUGUGUGAUGCCGCUCGCGUAUAUUAUACGCGUUUUUAUUUUUUGUGUGUGUUUUUUACAAUGCCGUUUUUCCGAAAAUCAUUCCGGGAAAAAUCCGCCCGUCUCCCUUGUCGCCGCCGCCGCUGCUGCUGCUGUCCGUCCGUUUUUUUUUUUUAAAUUUUUUUUUUUUUAUUAUAUUACCGCUCUCAAUCACGUCUGUUUUGGCAGUCGGGCGUAUGUGUACAUAUAUACGUCAUAAAAUGUUUUAACGUGAUUAUAAUAUUUUAUAACAUAUCGCGCGCAAGCCAAACACAAAACAAAAUUACACGAUAAAUUUAAAAAAAUAAAUAAAUAAUAAUAAAAAAAAAAAAAAAAGCUUUGUCUCUGUUACCGUAUUUUAUAUUCAUUUCGGUAAAAAUUUAAUUUUACCGAUUCUGUACCGGCGGAUUUUAUAUUAUAUUGAAACGAACGCUGCAGCGCGGGCCUGUACGUGCAAAACUGCAUUGUUAUAUUAUUAAGUCUUAAUAUUUUAUAAUUUUUAAUGACUAGCGGCUUACGAUAAUAUUAGUCGUACGACAAGUAUCGCUCGGCGAUUUACUCUAAAUAUUAAAUUAUGCCCGUCGGUAAAAUGCAUAGAAAUAGAUUGUUAUAAUAAAUGUCAGAUUUGUCAGUUUAUCCGUAGGCAUGCUUAAAGAUCUAUAUGUAUGUGUAGUGUGGCAUUGUGUGGUUACGAAACCAGGAAAAAAGAAAGACUUUUGAUAUGUAUAGUGCUUAAAUGCUAUACAAAUCUUGUUGAUUGAAAAGUUUGUACAAACGAAGAGAUUCUGUAAACACAACAAAGGAAAACAGCAACUAUGGAAAUGUAUUCACACUAUUCAAUCUGCUGCAAAUCUGAAAUGCUGAAAUAUGCGUGGUUCAGAUCGUAAAGGACAUAAAUCGGAUGUAAAGGGUCUAAAGGAACUAUAUAUAUUCUACGACAUGGGGGUGUAUAGGGAUUGAAGAGCUGUAAUAAUAACUAAUAUUAGGAAGACAAAAAGGUCGGAUCAGCGCUGGAUUAAGGGGUUGUUGGGGAAUGAAGAAAUAUGUAACCCAUCAGAGCCCCGGUCCAAACAUUUUAUAAAUUUAACAAAUACCUAUACAUAGUAGUAGAAAAAAAGAAAAUGUAGAGAUUUCUAUCUGGUCUAUGUUUAUUAAAUGCCUCGAACGAUUUUGCUCGCCGUGCAACCGAAUAUACUUUUUAUUAUUAUUAUUUUUUUUUUUCGCGAAAUUAGUGCCGCUAAUAUUUUAAUUAAUCCGGUUCUGUUGCAGUAUAUCAGAAACCAGCUCUCGUUCACACGCGCGUUAAAUAAUAAUAAUGUAUUAUGCUAUAGAGUUUUAUACCAGUAUACGCCUUUGCAGCCUUUGUAUAGAACAAACGUCCGUAUAUUUCCACGUGCUCUCACGGAAGACGCACCAAGAAAUGAAUAAAAAAAAUAAUAAUAAUAAAAAAAAAUUAUAUUAUUAGUGAAUCGAAAUGAAAUGCUUGCCGUGUUAAAACAAAAGCGUCCGGCGGGGAUCGCGUUGCAGGCUGAAGCAGUAGCGGCAAAAAGGGUUAAGACGAAAGGGGAAUUAUUAUAUAUACACACACUCUUAUAUAUAUAUAUAUAUAUAUAUAUAGGUAUUUGUUGGCGUAAAAAACUCACAUAUCCGGGUAAAAUUACCAUAAUAUAACGUGUCCUAGUAUAAAAAAUGUAACAAAAGAAUAUCUAAUUGGAUAUUCGCGGCGUCGUUGUCGUAGUAGUCCUCGUCGUCGACGGUUCUCAAGGUAUAGUAUCACUCGCGGCGGGAGCAAUAAUAAUAUUAUAUAGUAGCUAGGGCAGUUUUAAAAACAAAACAAAAAAAAAAAAAUGAAUAUGAGAAAAAAAUUUUUGAAAAAAAAAAACGCGUCCGAUGCGUACUGCAAACGUGUUAAAACAAUAGCGGCUCCUCUUCCUUCCGCGCGCAAAGGACCGCGCGUUUAUCGUUGCACCCGACUGAAAUAUUAUUAUAUUUGCAUAUGAAACGGUCGCUCGUUGGUACGUAUAACGUAAUAACCGGUUGUGAUGGCAUUUUUUUUUUUUAUUUUCAUUUUUUGUUUUCUUCCGACAACACAUUUUAUAUUCGUAUUAUAUUAUUGUUGUCGCAGCAGCAACAGUGUACUGUAUGAUGCAUAUUGUAUGUUCGUAAUUUUGUAUUAUUAUUAUUAUUUUUUUUUUUUUUCAUAUUAUUAUUUGUAUUUAUCACAGGCGAACGGCCGUACAGAUGCCACUUGGCCGAAUGUGGACGAGCUUUCAUACAGCUGUCCAAUCUGCAACAACAUCUCCGGAACCACGAUGCCCAAGUAGAGCGGGCCAAAAACCGACCUUUCCACUGCACCAUCUGCGGCAAAGGUUUCGCUACCGAAUCCAGUCUGCGUACCCACACGGCUAAGGUGAGUCCAUCUCAUUACUAUAACAACGGAAACGAUAUCCUCUUGGUAUACACGUGGUUUAGGCAGUCACCAUUAAACUCGUAUUGCGUAUGUUAUAUUAUGUUCUUAAAUCCGUAUGUGAUGAUACCGAGGUGGCAUAAUCGCGGCAUUGUCCUUUUUUUAAUCGCAUUAUCCCCGAUGACAACAUCCACUGCAGGCGACCUUAACACUCAUCGCGUUAAAAACAUAGACAUAUUAAAGACUUGGGGGCGGGGUUGUUCUGGAAAGCGAGAGCGUUGAACGAGAUGAAAUAAAAUAAACUUUUUUUAAUAAUUUGAUAAGCGAAAUAAGUUAGAUGAAUUCGAUGAGAAAUCUAUAAGUAUAUUCGGAAAAAAUGAAUAAAUGAAAUCUACCAAGCGAUUCAUUUAAGUGGGUACACUAAUUAUCUUGAAAAGUAUUAACUCUUUCUGGAAAUUGUUUUUAGUACAUUUUAGAAACAAGCUGCUCCACAAUUUUAUAUUUGUAGUAUUUCUUGUCACCCUUAUAUUUGAGGGUAAUUUGAGGGUAAAAUCUAUUUUUGAUUUUCAAAUGGCACCGUAUAUUAAAAACUCAAUAAAUAGAUGGAUUAUUAGUUAAAAUAAAUUUAAGUGUUGAAAUUUUUGAUUUCCGUUGACGAGAUAUUCCACUUUUAAGUUUGUGUUGGAGGAGAAUAGUAGAAUAUCAUUAAUGUGGCGAUACAGCGCGCGGCGUAUUAAAAAUGCACUACUACUCUCCUCCAAUCUAAAAUUAAAAGUGGUAUAUCUCGUCAACGGCUUGACAGAAAUCAAAAAUAUCAACACUAAAAUUUUAACUAAUACUCAAUCUAUGCAUGGAUUUUUUAAAAGAAGUUGCCAUUUAAAAAUCAAAAGUGAGUAGUUGUUUUACCUACAAAAAUAAGGGUGACAAAAAAUAGCACAAAUAUAAAAUUGUGGAGCAGCUUGUUACUUAAAUGUUGUAGAAAACAAAGUCCGGAAAAAGUUAAUACUUUCCUAGAUAAUAAGUACUCACUUAAAUGUAUCACCUGAUAUAAUAUUUUACUAAAAUAAGCUCAAAAUGUUUCCCGAAAUCUCAUAUUUGAUAACGAUCUAUGGAUUUGUCUAAUACGUAGAGUAAUAUUAUAGAGGUGUUGUUUUGAAAUGAUUUUGAAGCAACGAAUGCCUCUGAAUACGAAACCUAAAAUACUCAUCUUCCAAGUUUUAUAUUGGACUUUUGAGAUGGAGUAGAUUUUAGGGAAAAAUCUCUGGUUAGGACGUCGCCCAUGAUUUAGACCACUAUAUAUUUUAUUCUGAACUGAUAACAAGUGAAUACGUUUGUUUACACUCUUGUAUAUCAUUAUUACAGUGCCGAACAAGUGAUUAUUAUAAACGAAAUAUUUUGGUUGCCGAACAGUCCACUGACAUGUUCUGUUCGUGUUGAUCAUAAUUUAUGUGUAUAUGUGUGUGUGUGUGAUCCAUUAGUUUUAUGCUGAUAGCCUUUAUCUCAGCUACUUAAUAUUCGAUAACAUACCGUUCUGUUCUGUUACUCGACAAAGUUUCACUAAUAUGUUUUAUGCGAUGUCAUCAUCAAUGCGACUGGAUUGCAACAAAUUUCGGGACCAUAUGGAUUGUUAUUAUAGCAGGUGUCGAUGAAUAUUAGUUUAUAAAAAUCGUUACGAAACGCGACGGCUACGACGUUAUUACCUAAAUAUUUUCUACUUUUUUUUUUUCUUGGUGGUUUUUUUAAAUUUGUUUUUUGGUUUUUUUUUUUUAAUCGAAUAUCCCCGCCGCUUACCAAAUGCCGCGUACACGGGCCCCCUCACGAAAGACGAACACGUGGAAACGAUGAACGCGAUAAGUAUAACUACAGGAGGUGACGGCGGCGGCGGUGGCAGACUGACUUUGACCCAGUUUUGGAGGAUUUUAUCCGGCGUGUAGGUGUGUGUGUGUGUGUGUGUGUUGUUAGAUAUUAUGUAUAUAUAUAUAUAAGUAUAUAGUAAUAAUAUUAUUAUCCCUCCAGCGUGCCACCGCGUCGACGACGAUGACGGCCGUGUACCUACUCGUCGUCGUCGUCGUCGUCGUCAUAGUCUACCGGUAACUCGUGACGUCACCGCGUCGACGACGACGACGUUGCAGUAAAAUAUCGUACGCGCGGUGGUGUGCACGGGUACUAACUGCACUUUUAGACGUGCGCCGCCCACACACGGAUAAUAAUGUUCAGAAAAAAAAAAAUAAUAACUAAACGUUAUAAUAUUAUCACACCUAUAGUAUAUAUAUUAUUCGCCGCGACGGGGAGUCGGGGUUGAAUUAGGUCAGCGCGGAGGGUUUGGUAUUUUUUUUUUUAUUUCUAACAAUUUCAAUUAAAUAUCAUAAGCAGUAUGAAUAAUUAGUGUAAAGCGAUUUUUUUUUCUCCGGCGUCUGAAACGAGUAUAAUAUGUACAUUUAUAUUUGGUAUAUACGUAUAUUGUACACAUAGCCAUAGACGCAUUUUAAUCGUUUUGUCACGAUAACCACGGCCGAGCCGCAAUAAUAUUUUCUCGUUAUGAAAUUAUAUAAAUAUAUACAAACUCGCGGUUGUCGCCUGUGCGAGAUUGAAUUACGCCGGGGCAGUUAUUACAAUUUACUAGAGUGCGGAGUGUACGACAGUAGCGGCGCGCGCGCGCGCGCGGCCCAAUGAAAUACUGCGGGGCGACAGAGAGGCUUAUUUGAAAAGUUAAUAGGAAAAAGCGGGCGCGAAAAGGAUUUAAUUCUCACGGACAUCUUCUUAUAUUUUUAUUAAAGUUAAUUUCGUUACCUGCCUCUACCCGCCCGCGCCCAUCUGCCUACCUAUAUUUUCUUCUUCAAAUCCGCCCCGUUAAGAAUUUUUCGCUGUUAUAAUUAAAAAAAAAAAAAAAAAACUGACGUUUAUUUCUCUCGCGCCCUCUCUCGCCGUGACGGCGUGACGAUCGGCGUGAUACGCCGACUUUAAUUACAAUUCAUAAAAAAACGGCAAAAAUAAAAAAAAAAAAACCAAAUGAUUUAUCGAUACGCGACCGAAAAGGCGAAAACCCGUUUAUACGUUUCAAUAUUCAUAUCGCCCAAUAUUAUUGUUAUCACUAAAACAAAACAUACUAAUAUGAUGCGAACGAUACGGUUUUGCUAUUUCGUAACCAGCGAACGAUCGAGCAACCCCGUCGUGUUCGGUCGCUUCGCGAAAACACGAUUUCUGUAAACGUUUUUCGAUUUUUUCUCCGGCGCAUCAUUUUCAAACCGUGUAUACGAAACUAUAAAUAACUGUAUUAUAAUUUAAAUUUAGAACAGACAAUUUUUCCCGUUAUGAAUUUCUUUCGUGAUUUCUCUCUUCCCCCUAUCUCACUAAAGUCUAUUUUAGAUUUUUAUCGUAUCAAAUUAUCUAUUCGUUUUACUGAGAUUAGUAUCGUUUUUUUAAUAGAAAACACUUAAUCGCUUAGUAAACAUGCUUCAAAUCGUACAUAUUAUACUGUACUUUAAAAGAUGUGGAUAUUUUACCCGGCGAUACUUUAUUUGAACAAAACACCGACAAAAAUAGAUUUUUUUGAUUUCUAGGUUAAUUUGACUACGUACAAUCAGAACGAACUACAACCUUAUCGGUUUACCGAGCUCAACUUAGAAUCGUUUUUCAUCGCGACGAUUUACCGUUGCCUCCAGCCCGUAUAAUCUAAAUCAUCCUAAUAUCCCCAGUUACCACAACACUGUCCGGACUUUAAUCUAUUUCUCGUGUAAAAAUUCUAACGCUCUUAAUAAUAUCAUAUUGUAAAAAAUGUUCAUUCUUGUGUCAUUUAUGCGAAGUACAUGAUAUUCGUUGUGAAAGAAAAUGGUUUUGCGGAAUCGUGUGUGUGUGUGUAUGCGUGCAUGCGGUUUAUUGAACGAGUGCCAAAAUGCAUUUUAAUAAUUUUUUCGAUACGACGGUUAUAAGAUUAUAUUGCUGCAGUUAUACGAACCGUUUGGUAAUACAAGACAUCGGCACGUUAUUUUUCUCCUGUAAAAUACGCCACUAUUCGACUUUUCGCAGAGUGACGAAAAUCAUAGAAAGAAAAAAACAAAUCUAAGCUCGUAUUGUUAUUUAUUUUGAAUAAUGGUUUUAUAUAAUAUAAAAGUUACAUGCGCGUAUCGAAAAAAAUCAGAUCGGUUUUGUAUAAUUUUCGUAGUUAUUAUAACGGUUUAAAUGACGUUUCGCGUGUUACUUUUUUUUUUUUUUCUUCUUCUUCGUUUAGACGUCGCGCACAUUUCGUUUUCGUUAUUAUACGAUCGUUGAUUAUUAUUUAUCGCUAAUUUAUGCCACAAACUUUAUAUUUUCGAAUAACGAAAGGGUGAAUUCGACCCUGGGCACAGGGGUAAAAAACGCCCGCACGUUCCAAAGUCGUUCUACUUUCUUUGUUUUUGUUUUGUUUUUUUUUUUUUUAUUACCGUUCACGCGAAAUUAUGUCGAAGUUUUUUUUUUUAUUCGCCCGGUGUUUUUAUCGCUUCAACGAUAUUAUUGCAGCGGAAACAUGCAGUUAUUUACUCGUACGCAAAUGCACCACUGUUCGGUUAGAUUAUAUUAUUAGAAUUACAGUAGUCGAACGAGACUCCGGCCGAACAACACAUUAUUUUUUUUGUAUAAAUACGAUUGGAUUUCUGCAUAAUAUAAUAUUCGCCAAGACGAUGUCCGCGAUCCGUAAAAAUAGAAACAAAUCUCAUAAACAUUGCUGUUGCACUCUCGGGUCGUUAAACUUGGCGUUGCCGUAUCAUAUACAUAUAUUUCGGCGGGUUUUCGUGUAAUAAUUUUAAUUUUACCACCGCCGAAUAGACGUUUCGAAAUAAAAUUCACCGUCGCCAAAAAAAUGAUAAAAAAACUCUUAUGUGCAGUAUUAUCCUAUAGAAUAUUUUCCGAGUACGUGGUUAAAAUCCCGCGCUUUCUCGGUUGGACCGCACACUCGAAUUAUUAAAGAUUUUUUUUUUCGAUUAUUUUUUUUUCGAUUAUUUUUUUUUCGAUUUUUAUUAUUUCAAAUUUAUAUUGUAUACUUAUAAAAUUACGCGUUUUGUUAUAUGAAAAAAAAUAAUAUGGGGUUUUAUUUUUUUUUAUUUGUUAAAUGUUUAAUACGGCGAAAAUCCGGUGAAGUGUAACGCGAAUGUAAAUUAGAAUGAAAAGGGUUGAGAACGAAAAAUAUGAUGUAAUAAAAAAAAAAAAAAACGAACACUAUAUAUAUAUAUAUAUAUAUAUAUAUACAUACACGUAUAUACUAUCCAACGAUAUUCAUUAAAAAUGUGAAAAGGGUAUUAAGAGCAGCAGUAUUUCGUUAUUGACCCUUCUUGCAGUGUACUGCAGCCUUUUAUUAACAUUAUACUCUUCCAUGUGUAUAUACGCACGCGUAUACUUAAAUGUACUGCAUGUACUGUACAACCCGUUAUGACCCUUGCGUAUUAAAAAAAAAAAAAAAAAACGAAACGAAAAACCGACAAUAACACGAGAAUAAGACACAACAGAUUUUUUUUUUUUUUUUUACGACCUAUAACGCGUAUAACCUCUACCUCUAUGUAGAUAUGUAUUAUUUUUUUUGUUAUUUCGUACGUACUUUUUAUUUUAUUAUUAUUAUUUUUUUUUUUUUUCGUAAAUCUUAGACGGAUCCCCGGGCGCUCGUGUAUCGUAUUCGGGUACGGACAGGUGAACCGAUUUACAUAUAAUAUUGUAAUAAUACUCUGGCACGACGAUUAAUUAUUAUUCGUUUCGUUGCCUCGGCAUCGCGCCGGAAUAAAUUAACACUUGUCGAAAAACAAAACGAAAUAAUGUUUUUCUGCGUGUGCACGUAUGUGUGUGUGUAUGUGUAUGUUGAUUUUUAUCGAGACGGGAAAAAAAACGUACAAUAUAGUGACUGUUGAUAUUUUUUCCCGAGUCGGUACUUAUAUACACUACAGGUGUUUGUUCGGUUUUUUUUCGUUCUCUCUCCGUUUGUUAUUUUUUUUUUUUUUUAUCCGGCGUGGGCGUGUUAUUUAUUUUUCCAAGCGCUUUUUUUGAUAUUCGGUUACAUUUUUUUUCCCGGGAGUUUUUUUUUUUUCCCCCGUACGCCAAACACAAUUAUUUUAAUUUCUUAUAUGCAUAUUAUUAUUAUACGACGGUGUGACGGGUAUUUUUUCCCCGGCGCACGUAUAUUGUGGGUACAAUUACUUAUUAUGCGAUAUGAUACUCGGCGCGAUGCAUCCAACAGCAGCAGCAGCAGCAGCAGGUGCCCCGAAAAACAUUUUGUACUACACACAUUGCAUACGCGACCGCGCAAUUGAAUAUUAUCGUUAUUAUUAUAAUAAUAAUAAUGAUAAUAUAAUGCAAGUGUCGGCGGUAAUUGCACGUUGUCUUGUCGUUUGAUUGAAUGCACUCGCAUUGAAAUUUAAUGCACGCGUGUACAGAAUAAUUGUUAUUAUUACGGGUACAGGUACCGUCAAAAAGUAUGUACGUUGCGCACGUCCUAAAUAAAUAACACUAGUUGUUUUUUUUUUUUGCCGUUUCGGUCGUUUUCGUUCUUUUUUUCACCCUUUCAUUUUUUAUUGCCUAACUAUACACGUCGUAUUGGUUAUACGUUCCUACGAUCAGGCGAUAUUAUUCCGUUGUGUCCAGUGCAUCGGAUAACGAUUUCGAGGAAAUAAAAAAUUCGUUAUAUUUCGCGAGAGUUCCCGACGACGUGUUUUCUCGAGGCCGAGACGUUUAAAACGCUAUUACGUUCGAAAAGCCGUUUAAACAACGCCCUGUGCAAGAUGUUUUUACGAAAUUAUAACAUUUUGUUCGAACCGUUGCAACUAACAUAUAUUAUUAUUACUAUUGUUUUAAUCGGCUGAGGGGGGCGGGCACUGUUUUUGUUCAUCGUGUCUAAAUCGGGUUUUAAUUAUCAUAUGAUAUUUCCUAGUCGAAAAGAAAACGAAUUUUAAAUCGAUAUGUAUAUUUACACCGCAAUAAUUGCCGACGUUAUUUGUAUUAACCAGUUACUGUUAAUUAUUCAGGACUGAGGUGUACGAUCUUACGUACAGAUACAUGCAAUUGUUAUCGAUGUCUUAUGAAAGUUUCGAAAAUUACGGCUUGCGGCCUUUAUGUACCGUUUUCAACGAAAACAUCGUCGGUGUAAACGUUAACAGUGUAUACAGAGAAAAAACAUGUGUUGAUAAGCUAAUUUAACGUGUUUUUUUUUUGGAUUCUUUACGUAUUUUUUUUUUUUUUUAUCAACCUCGUGGACGGAUGAGAUCCGUUUCCACGUGUCGCGAUAAAAAUGGUAAUAAUAAUGACUGCAUGAUAACAAUAUAUUAUAGUAUAGCGAUGUCCCGCGCGGCGUAAGUCGGGUACAUAGGUUUUCGCUUUUUCAUACAUGCAUAAUGAACUCGCGAACGCGUGUGCCCGUAUAUUUUAUUUAUUGUAUUAGAUUGUAUAUUAUGUACAUUUUUCUAAAAAAAAAAAAAAAAAGUAAAAACCGUUUUUUUCCUUUUUUAAUGGCAGCGGCUCAUUAUUUUCUCAUCCGCGGACGGGUUAAAAAGCGAUGUGCCGAUCUUCGGACCGUAAAGUGUGCGCGCGCGUGUGUGUGUGCGUGUGUGUGUGUGUGUGCCUAGUUGACGGCGUGCGCUUAGUUUAUAGAAAAGUCGGUAUAGUAAUACGCGCAUGCACACACACGCGCGAGACAUAUUAUUCCAAUAGGAGGCCAUAAAUUUCGCGAAGGGCAACAAGCGCGCGCCUCGGCGAGACCACUUUCCGUAAAUGGAACGACGGCGACCGCGGCACGGCGACCGCGGGGGGAAAGGGGGGAGAAGGGGGGGGGGGGGAAACGCGGCAGCCGAGGUACGCGCGAAAAACCGUGGAAAAGUCCGACCGCAUUUUUCUACCGCCGCGCGUCCGGACCCGGGACGGGUCGCGUUGCGUUUGUUUCGCGGCCGCUGUGUGCGCGCGCGCGUGACCGCGAUAAAAUCCGCGGGACACACGUAAGCGCGGCUAGACACCGCCGACUUUGGGGGGAAUGGGGUUCUGAAAUCGCGGACCCGUCGAAAACCCGCCGGGGGCCGUGCCCCCGCAAUCCCAUUUACGCCGGUUCUUACAGUAAGCGACAACACGCGUUUCAUUUACGAUUUUGUGUAUAGAAAUAACUAUUUUUAUAUUAUUUUUCGUAUACGCAUGGAUUGUCUGUAUUUCGUUCCGCUCGUUUUAUGAAAUAAGCACGGAUUUUUUUUUUUUUAUUUUUGGGGGGGGGGGAAACCCCUAGCACCGCCUUAGUUGCGCCUAUGGGGACGGAUAUAGAAUACAAUGCCGCCGCUGAGCGAAAUUUCAUUAUCGACAUUAACACGAUAUUACUUUACUUUUAACAAAAUUCGGACGAAUUUAAAAUGUAAAAUGUCGGUACUCAUAGUUAAUAUCCUCAACAAAACCCGAACGCGUACAACUUCUUGUCUAAAACGAAAUCUGCAUGCGCAAUUUUCAGAUUCAUUAUCACCCUGUCAAAACCCUAAAUACGCCACUGCCAUCAAUUUUAUUACGGCGCUUGUUGAAUUGAUCACGGUUUGUUGGAUUACGUUGUUCAGCAUAUCAUAACGGCCUUUUCUAAGUAAAUAUACCGAACCAAGCAAACGUCAUAGAUGUAGCUGUAACAAUACGAUAACAUAUUAGUAUAUUGAAUUGCUACGGAAUAUUAAUAUCAUUAACCCCCCCCCCUCUCCCCUCCUGUGUCGUCAUCGUCGUCAUUAUUUCGUAUCGGUAUGCUUUCCCCCGACAUCUAUCGCGUCCAUAAAACGAAAUAUUUUUUAAUUUUUUUUUUUUUUUUUUUUUCAAAUAUUUUCGAUAUUAGAUCGAAUCGCCUAAAACUGUAAUAAAAAAAAUAUAAUAUACGAAUUUUUCUCUCCUCGGACAGCGGCCGACAUUAAACAAAAUAUUCGUCGGAAUUCCAUUAAUUUUUCCAAUUUCAUAUCAUCAUAGUCGUCGUCCUCCCUCCCGUCUCUUCAUCGUCGUUGUCGUAUUAUUAUUAUUAUUAUUAUUUAAUCCUUUCUUUCGCAAAUGUUAUUUUCGGGCACAUAAUGAAUUUUUUUUUUUUUUAAGUACUUUUCGCAAAGACAAGAAGGGAUUAUAAUCGCAUAGUAUUCUUUACUUAAAUGAUACUUUUUAUUUCUCUCUCCGUUUUUCUUAUUAUUUGUUUAUUAUUAUUAUUUUUUUUUUUAAGAAAUAUUUAAUUAAAUUAAUUUUCAAUCUCGACGGAAUUGCCACUAUUUAAUUAUCAACUCGAUUGUUUAAAUACGACUCUAGUCGUCGUCUGUAUACAUAUUAUAAGUAUACCGUGAUAAGAAAUUAUAAUAUAUAAUAUCUAUGCGUUUUAUAUUAUAUUAUUAUAAUAGAGGCGGGUUGUUCAUUAUACUUAUAUAAAUAAUAUUCGGCGCAAAACGAGAUAAAAUCCACCGUGGAAAAUGUAUUAUUAGUUUUGUGCAAUAAAAGCCGUAUAAAUCAUUUACGCGAGCAAAUAAUAAGUAGGUAAGAGUAUACUUUUUCGGUGCAUUAACGUAAAGUUUAUAUUGGAAAUGUUUUAAUGGUCACGGUGAAUUUAAUGUUUAAUAAUGACAUUUUUCGUAUUCGGCGUAUAAAUGUGUGUACCCAACUACUUUCGCGAGUAUAAAAAUAAAAAAUAAAUACACAAUAUUAAAUAUUCAAAUAACUCGUCGUCGCGGCGGCGACAACGGUGGUGGCGCGGGGGCGGCGGCGGUUGUAUUAGUAAACUUUUAUAUUAUAGUUGCCGUGUUAUAUUGAAAAAUAAUGAAAAUAAGUUUAAAAAAUAAAAUAAAUAUAAUUUAUCGAAAACAAAAAAAAACAAAACAAAUAACCGCUAGGGGCAAUAUUAUAGGUAUACGAGUUGGUAGUGCGAAAAACCACCAAUAAUCGAGUACACAGGGUGUUUGUGAACGUCAAUAUAAUAUUUUUAUCGCAAAACGGUAGCAAUAAUGUACGUAUUAUUUUGGACGGAAGAAAAACGAUAAGACAAUUGUAUAAAAUCAUAGCGGUCUGCGCAGUAACACCAACGUCGGUGAAAAUAAAUGCACCACGUCAGUUCGCAAUACUGCGCUGAGGAAUUUUGGUGUCCCCGUGUGAAAACGGCAUGCGUUUAGUCGUUGAAAAAUCACACCGGGUAAAAACGCAGGAAGGAGGUGGAGAAAUGAAAAACGCCACGUGUGGUAGGUCGCAUUGUUUGAAGUAGAAAAAUCGAGUGCACAGUGCUGCAAGAACAGGAAUAUCCGAAAUUAUGGUAUUAUAAUAUGAUAGAAUUUUUGGAAGGGAACGGUUUCAACAGUGAAAUAUCGUGUCUAGUUCCGUAUGGGUUUUCAGAUCACUAUUGGUCUAUGAGUGAAAUUUGAUUCGCAGUCCACCGAUAAUAAAUUCAAAUUGUAAUACAGUCGGUACGUUUAUUUUCGAGGUUAACAUUAUCGCCCUUUGACGGUUAUUCGUCUCACAUUAAAUUUGCGGUAUCCACCGCUUCGAGUUUAACACGUACAAAUCGCGGGCAAGAAUAAAAAGUAAAAAAACCGCUAGUAAUUAUUAACGGUGUGCCGAGUCCGACAGGAGGAGGGGCGGGCGCCUAUACGUAUACACUACUUUCGAGAGGAGAACACUCAGACCGAUAAAUUAUACUUUGUAUAUAAAAUAUUUAAUAAAAAUGUAAAUCUCUCCGCUUCUAUCGUUGGCCGUCUCGCCGCCGCCGCCGCCGCAGACGGACUUUUAAUAAAAGUCACCGGGCCGCAAGUAUCCAUGUAUAUAUACACAAUCGGCGGCGAGGGCUUUUAAAAAUUAAAAUUACGUUUGUUUUAUUGCCACCCUCGCCCUGUUCCCGUCCUCGACGCCGCGCUUCUCCGUCCCGCUACCGUCGUUCGCGCCGCCCGAGACGUCGUCGUCGGUCAGAGAUUUCGCUCGCGCCGAGUUAUUCUUCUUCUUCUUCUCCUUCACUCGGACGCCACCCGGACGCGUAUCCCCGGGCGCCGAUAACAACGUCCCGCAGACAUUUUUUUCGGUUUUCUUCUUUUGGUUUUUUUUUAUGUACCCGCCACUUGCAGUGUAUAUUAUGUAAACAGUCCGAGUAAAGCCGGUCGGGGACGAUUUUUUAACCGCGCGUAAUAUCCCAGAGAUGGGGAGGGGGAGACGAAAUUUUACGAUCGCUCGACAAUAAACUCCGGUCGGUAAAUUUUCGAUUUUCCGAACGCAACCGCGGCGAUACAUCCGAGUUGCCGUCUCGCCGUCGUCGCCGCCGCCACCGCCCGUAAAACAGCCGGUCGGUUUCCCGGUAAAUUCGAUAAUUCCGAGCGGACCGUAUAUCCGCGCGUAAUAGUAUUUCCGUCGGGUUCACGGCGUGUGUGGAAAACAAAACGGAAACGGCACUUAGUUUUGUUUUUUUUUUUUUUUUCAAAAUGGCCUAACGCACACACACACGCACAUAUUAACGCGCGUGUCCAAAGGGACCGCGUCGGUAUUGUGUUUCUUCACGCGAAGCGGAAAGGAAACACGCUGUGCCGCAAUGGCGGUGCGGCCUCCUCCUCGUCCUCCACACCCCCGCCGACACGUCACCGAACACGCGCGUACUUCCGGGCCCGCUGAUUACUGGUUACAUACCUGACGUGUUUUUAUUGUUAUUUUCAGGAACAUUUUUUUUAUUUUCAGGAAGCCGAACUUCGCAUGGACGUGCUCCAGCAACACGCCGCCCUGAUGGGCGGCGCGAGCACCACGUCUUGCCCGCUGUGCCACAAACUGUUCCUGGGCAGCGAGUCUCUGGUCGAACACAUGAAGGUCCACCACAACGACCCGGCCACCGUGACGCAGUCCGUUGCCGUGCAGAGUGAGUACCGCCUUCUCACAACGAUACCGUAACGUUAUAUUUUCCUGUCCCGCGAACGUUGUGUACAACGUUCGGAAGCCUGUACGUAUCUAACGUACGGAUCGACCCGAAGCUUAUGAGUAGACGUAGUUUUAGACCGAGAAUGACACGUACGGUCUGUUCCCCCGUCCCGCGUUAGACCCCUGCGAUUAACUGUGAUAGGUAUUGCGGGGGGCGUCAUUAUUUUCAUAUUUUUUUCCCGUUCAAUACUAUUUUCCCGCUUCACCCGCAGGGAGAAUGUAACAUAACAAUAUUAACGAGAAAACAAUAUCGGUUAUUUUUUUCAUUCAGACUAUACCGAUAUCGGUACCGGGCCGUACAUGGCCAAACGCCGGACCGCCAACCAUCCAUGUCCGGUGUGCGGUAAACACUACGUGAACGAAGGUAGUCUGCGCAAACACUUGGCCUGCCACCCCGAAACGGCUCAGUUCGCUCAACUCAGAAUGUGGCCGUGUUCCGUUUGUCAAGCCGUAUUCACCCACGAAUCAGGUGAGUGAUAAUAGUAUUGUGUUUUGAAAAGGUUAAGAACAAUCGAGCGUACUUUGUGUGCGAUUUUCAUUUUUUUUUUUUUUUUUUUUUAUUUAAUUAUGUUCGAGCUGUUGGUUCCGGAUUUACGAUAAUUUAAACAUUCAACGCCAUCGUGCGAAUUAUUAUCUUUAUGAUAUACAAAAACGUACUGUAAUAAAUCAAAUUUCAUAAUUGCUUUCUGGUUAAACGGUACAUUUCUUGUACGUUGCGUUCACUACAACGGUUUUCACAUUUAAUUGAGACAAAACAAAUUUAAUUUCUAUUUACGAGCAUAUACGCGUUUUUUACGCUACUGUAAUAUUAUAUUAGUCACUCCUAUUGCAUACAGUUACUGUUACACGCAACUUUUUUUUUUUUUUUUUUUUUUUUAUUGUUAUUGUUUGGUGUGCAUUCUAACCGGAUUUUUCAAUUCACAGGUCUUUUAACGCACAUGGAACACAUGCGCAUGGAUCCCAAACAUCAGUUUGCCGCGCAAUACGUGCUAAGCAGAGCUGCCGCGGAACGCAGGGAGCGCGAAAACUUUUUGGCCGCAGUAACGGCCACGAACAGUAUGGGCGGUCCCGCUUCACCGCAUUCCGUUCACUCGGACUCGUCAUCGUCAAACAACGGAGAAGUGGACGGUCCCAGUGGAGCCGGUUCCACGGGAUCUGUGGGCACUGGGACGAACAACUCCGUGGCCGCAGCUGUGCAGGCGGCAGCCGCGGCAGCGUCGGCCGCAGUCGGCGGUAACCUCGUUUCCACCGGCAGCGGCCGUCUGUCCGCGUCACCGGCCGACAACCAGCUUCCGUUGGCGUUGUACCACAACAACAACAAUACGACCACUGCAAACAACAACAACAACAAUAACAACAAUCCGACGGCCGUCAAGUUGGCCGAGCUCAUGGCAGCCAGGACGGGAGGAAUGAGUGAGUAUAGCCAAAAUUAUUACAGCCUGCACUGGGCCGUUUAUCGGCGUCAUAAAUUGUUUAGUAUAACGUUCUUAUUCCGUUUGACCUAUACUACAGUCGGCGGCAACGGGGGUCACCAGUACAUGAACCAGCAACCGCAUUACAACGCCAACGAUCUGCAGAGGGCGGCCGCGUUGUUCAUGAGCCAACAACAGGCACACGCGGCAGUCUCGCAAGUGCAACAACAGCAGCAGCAGCAGCAGCAACAGCAACAACAGCAGCAACAACAACAGCAGCAGCAGCAGCAGCAGCAGCAACAACAGCAGCAACAGCAACAGCAGCAGCAACAACAACAGCAGCAGCAGCAACAGAACACGCCGUCGCCGUCGCAAUCGCCACGGUCGGCUCCCCCUACGCCGGCAUCGGUGGUCCAGGCUGCCGCUGCCAACUUGGCCGCAGCGGCCAUGCGCAUCACGCAGUCGAACGCUAUGCACCAGAACCCGUUGAUCACCACUUCCAGGUAUGAUACUAAAAUAAUAAUCUCCCGGGAAAUCGGCGGCGUACGCCGUGAGGUUUUGGGAGGAACACACACGAUAAAUGUGUGUUACUGUGACACUCGACGAACACCGUAUUAAAACGUGUAUGUUUUCAACAGCGGUUCCGGUUCGAACUCGUCGGUGAACUCGAUGCAGUCGGCCGUCCAGAUGGCCAUGAACGCGGCCGUUCGGGCGUCCAUGUCGUCCAUGGUGGACGGCCUGGGCAGCGGACACCACCAGCAGUCCGGCCAUCAGUCCAUGUUGCACCAUCACCAUCAUCAACAGACGAACCACGACCAGAGUUCGCCGACGUUGCGCAUGCAGGAAGCCAUACUCCGGUCGCAAGCCGAGGCGGCCCUUCGGCUGGCCGUCACGCAGGCCGUAGCCGCGUCGUCUGGCCAACAACAGACGCCCGACCAGAACCGGCUGCAGUCGACCGUCCAGCAACAGCAGCAGAACGCGCUCCAGCCGCAGCAGAACGCGGCCAUCAACUACAACGCCAUGGCCCAGGGACAACUGAUGAACGGACAAAACCCGUACGACCAUCACCAGAACCCGGUACAGAUAUCGCCCGAACUGUCCGAGGCGCUCAGGCUCCAAGAGCAGCGGCUCGAACAGGCGCUCAGGCUGCACGGCGGAGACCCCAGGGCCCUGGGCUUCACUUUCGGUAACACCCAGCAGGGUCACAUCAACCCUUAA